GCAAAUUAGGGGUUUUCCCAGCCACCACCAGACGAUGGGGAGGAGAGAGAAUAGUAGGAGAGAUUUGAGUCGAGCUAUGGAUUCGUGCGGGAAGGAUUUAUCUACGGCGGAGGAAAUCGUGGACGCCCUCCGUUCCAGGUACGGUAAAUAUAAGAGGAUGUCCCGUCAAGCACUUGUCCUCAACGUCCGAAAUGUCCUUGAUGCCCGAAACAACAACAAGAAGCGUGUGAAAGAAGACGAAGAGGAUGAUGAUUCUGAUGAAGGUGCUGGUGGUGGUAAGAUGAAGAAACAGAGACGUCUUGAUGAACAAUCACAUGUCGAGAGGAGAAACAAAGAGAAGUCAGUUUCUUAUUCUUCUUCUUCGUCGGAAGACAGUGACGGCCAUAUCUCGACUUCCGAGGACGCUAAGGUGAGUCCAAGGAUUGAUUUGACCAGUGACUGCUUAAGAGGUAGCUACGCUAAGAUGAAUAGCUCCACGAAACUUGCUCCUCCUAAACAGAGACGUCAAGGUGCUGGUGGUGGUAAGAUGAAGAAACAGAGACGUCUUGAUGUCAAGGAGAAGUCAGUUUCUUCUUCUUCUUCGUCGGAAGACAGUGGCGGCCAUAUCUCGAAACUUGCUCCUCCUGGUAAAGUAGGACCUACUUUUAAAGACUUUGCCGGGAUUAAAAAAGUGUUGGAUGAGUUGGAUCAGUAUAUUCUGUCCCCUAUUCUCAAUCCUCCAUUGUUUGGGAAGAUUGGAGCGAAGCCACCAAGCGGGAUUCUAUUCCAUGGACCACCUGGCUGUGGAAAGACUCGCUUGGCCAAUGCCGUCGCCAACGAAGCUGGUGUUCCCUUUUAUCAGAUUUCAGCCACAGAAAUUGUUUCUGGUGUUUCUGGUGCGUCUGAAGAGAAUAUUAGAAGGCUCUUCUCUAAAGCUUACAGGACUGCGCCUUCUAUUGUGUUUAUCGAUGAGAUUGAUGCAAUUGGUUCUAAGAGAGAGAACCAGCAAAGGGAGACGGAGAAGCGGAUCGUAACACAACUAUUGACUUGUAUGGAUGGGCCUCCUCCGGGAGGAGGAGAAGAUACGACGGCUGCUGCUGGAUAUGUUGUUGUCAUUGGAGCUACUAAUACCCCUGAUGCUCUUGAUCCUGCUCUCAGAAGGGGUAGGCGAUUCGGGCGUGAGAUUGCUCUAACCCCUCCUGAUGUACAUGCCAGGGCUGAGAUACUCUCUCUCGUUGCCCAAAGACUUAGACUUGAAGGUUCCUUUGACAUGAAAAGAAUCGCUCGCUUAACACCAGGUUUUGUUGGAGCUGAUUUGGAGGAGUUAGCUGACAUGGCUGCCAGUCUUUGCGUAAAGAGGAUCAUGGAUUCAAGAAAAUUGCAACUCUCCGGCGACAGUGAUGAUGGUGAUGAUAGAUCUUGGCUGAGGCUGCCCUGGUCAGACGAAGAUUUGGAUAAGCUCUUUGUCAGAAUGUCUGAUUUUGAGGAAGCAGUCAAGUUAGUUAAGGGAUCUUUAACUAGAGAAGGUUUCUCUACUGUGCCUGAUGUCUCAUGGGAUGAUGUUGGUGGGCUUGGCCAGCUACGGAGUGAACUCAACAAUUACAUAGUCAGGCCUAUCAAAUAUCCAGACAUGUAUGAGAAAUUUGGAAAGACGUUAGAGACAGGUUUCUUGCUCUAUGGACCACCGGGUUGUGGAAAGACUUUGGUUGCAAAGGCAGUUGCAAACGAGGCAGGAGCUAAUUUCAUACACAUCAAGGGUCCAGAACUUCUAAAUAAAUACGUUGGAGAAAGCGAGCGUGCUAUUCGGACCUUGUUUCAGCGCGCCCGGACAAGCUCACCAUGUGUAAUCUUCUUUGAUGAGGUGGAUGCUUUGACAGGAAGGCGUGGCAGAGAAGGUGAUCAUUUGGUUGUUGGUGGUCUUUUGAACCAGUUUCUCACUGAACUGCACGGUGGAGAUAGACGUGACGUUUAUGUCAUCGGAGCUACGAACAGGCUCGAUGUGAUUGAUCCUGCCUUCUUGAGACCAGGUAGGUUUGGGAAUCUUGUGUACGUACCCCUCCCUAACGCGGAUGACCGUGUUUCGAUCCUAAAAUCUAUUGCAAACAAGAGACCCUUAGAUCCUAGUGUUGAUCUGGAUGCCAUUGCAAACAAGUACUGUGAAGGUUUCAGCGGAGCUGAUCUCGCUAACCUGAUGGACAAAGCUAUACACGUGGCUGUGAAGGAGAAGUUCCAGUCCAUUGAGUCGUCUGAAGAUGGCGAUAUGGAUUUUAGUGAUUGCACCAUCAAGAUGACUCAUUUCAAGCAAGCCUUGUCCUCAGUCACACCAUCUGUCAGCAAACAGCAAAUAAAACACUACGAGGAACAACGGAAGAAAUUUCAAAGCAGCACCGGAAGAAACAACAUGGACAAAAUCAACGUAGGACCAUCUUUUGCCCACGAGUGAUUAAAAAAGAAAAUAUAAAAAGAAAAUAGAACUCUUUUAAUUUAUAAAUGUCUGCACUCGUUUUCCCGAGGGAGAGAGAUGCCAUGUCUUUUUUUUUUCCCCAACUUGACAUUUAAUCAUAGUCAUUAAGUUUUGUCUGUUCCAA